ACACCUCUAUCUAUUAAUAUAGGUAGCUUUGCAAACUUAAUAGAGUACUAUAAAUAUGUAUAUAAUAUGCUAAAAGAGAAGCUAGAACACCUAUACGUUAGUAUAAAUAGCUUUGCUAAGGUAUUCUUUAGAGAUGUGCUAAGUCUAAGACUAGCGGUAGUAGCUGUGUUUAAUAAGUGUAAGAAAGGAAAGAGCCUACUCUUCUAG